AUGAAAAGUUAUAUUCCAUUCUUACCAACAAAGUGGAUCUCACGAGGUUGUACCGUUUGUUUUGUUGGAGAUGUUUAUCAAGAAGAUACAUUUUGUUAUUUGUGUGGAGAACCAGAGACGACAAGUGUGAUUCGACCAUUCUUGUGUGAAAAAUCUGUUCGUAUCCAUGGAAAAGACAUGUUGUUAUUGAGAACCGUGUGUUCAGAUGAUUACAAACGACUGCGACAAGUCAUGUAUCCAGCAUGUGAUUUGAUUGUAUUUUGUUAUUCAUUGAGAGAUGAUUCUUUAUUGGGACCACUCUCCACACAAUUGAUUGAGGAAAUUCGAGAGAGUGUUCGACAUUACAUUCCAUCCAUGGUUUUGUUUUCGUUAAAUGGAAAGAGUCAAGAAACAUCUCAAGAACAUAUUGAGGCACUUCGAAAAGGAGGAGAAAAACUUGCCCGAGAAGUCACAAAUUCGAUCACUUUGGUAGAAAUAGAUAUUUCGAAUUCGAGUAAGGAUCAAUCAAGAUGGGAUCAAGAACGCCAAAGAGUGAUUGAAAUCAUGUAUCGAAUUCUGGUGCUUCAUGGUUUGACAAGUUCAAAUAAGACCGUGUCUCGCUGCAGUAUUUGUUGA